AUGGGACCCUCAUAUUUUCUGAUUGGGAGAAGAGGCAUCUUCCUUUCGAGUGGAUUACUCAAAGGUCAUUCGAAAUGGCAAAACAUAAAGGAAAUUAAGGGCAAAAACGACUUGUUGAAAUCAAGAGCAAUGAGCAUUCUACUUAAAAAGGUGAAACCUGUUGUAUCUCGAGGAGGAUUUGAUCCAAAACUGAAUAAAGAGUUGGCUGGUCUUGAGCAAGAUUUUCGGUCUCAAGGUCUUCCUCUGGAUACUUUCAGAAAUUUCCUAGUUAAGCUAAAGGCAAGAAACGCACAGAAUAUUAGAGAAAAACCUGAAUACGAAGUUGUAUUCAAUGUAAUUGGACCAUCGGGCACGUUCUUCAUCGUUGAAGCUGAAACAGAAAGCAGGAAAAUGAUGGAGAAUACAAUGCGUAAAUACUUCAAUAAGGUGGGCGGAUUCCGCUUUGCAAGUGAUCCAUCAGCUGUACAGAGCUGGUUUCAACAAAAAGGUAUUGUAAAUGUAAAGGAAGUGGUAGAAGGCAGACCAGUUCCCCUUGAAAAAAUGGAAGAGAUUGGAAUUGAACUGGACUGUGAAGAUGUGUCUCUCGUCGAAAGCGAUGGGCGCACCUUCGAACUGGUUUGUGAAUCAGAAAACUUGUCAAGGGUGGAAAGUGCACUUGCUGAUCGAGGGUUCAGCAUUGAAUCGGCAGAAGUACAAUUUCGACCAACCCAUCCUGUACGCGUGAAUGGUGAGGAUGCCGCGAAAAUAGGAAAAUUUUACGACUUAUUACAGGAAGACGAGUCAAUACGUCAAAUUUAUGAUAAUAUUGAACCAGGAUCAUGA